GACGGCCCCAACGGCUCCAACCGGCUCCGUCGGCUCUAACCAGCUCCAACUGGCUCCAACCGGCUCCGUCGGCUCCAACUGCUACGACGGCUCGGACCGACUCCAGCUGCCGACUAGCGGCUCCGACGGCUCCGACGGCUCCGACGGCUCCGGACGGCUCCGGACGGCUCCAACGGCUCCAACGGCUCCAACGGCUGCGACGGCUCCGGACGGCUCCGAUGGCUCCGACGGCUCCAGCUGCCGACUAGCGGCUCCGGACGGCUCCGGACGGCUCCGACGGCUCCGGACGGCUACGGACGGCUCCGACGGCUCCGGACGGCUCCGACGGCUCCGGGCGGAAUCGACGGUUUGAAUUUUUCGGAAUCGGAGCCGGAGUAGCAAUGCUCGGAGGCGAUUCCAAGCCGUGGGUGCGAUUCCGGUUACCCAUCACUACACCGUACGCGUUCGGGUUAUCACAAAACGCUCGAACGUCUCGUGCGCGCUCAUGCGCCCAUGCGCCCGGAAACCUGAACGCACCUUCCCCCGCGGUGCGAUGCUCCUCCACCUCCUCUUCGCCGAACGAUCCCCAUUUCUCUGUGCGCUUACCGGCAACGCUAAGCGGCUGUCGGAAUUGAAGUCGGAAAAUGAACAGGAAAAUGUCAAAUCAGCUCUUGGAGCCGGGCGUCCGGAAAAGCCUACGCACCCCUUCCUCCGUUUUUUGCUUGAAUAAAGCAGAGGUAGAGAGUGUGUGUGUAUGUGUGUGUGUGUGUGUGUGUGUGUGAGAGAGAGAGAGAGAGAGAGAGAGAGAGAGAGAGAGAGAGGAAGAGAGAAAGAGGGAUAAAUUAUGUUUGCGGUUUUCAUUGUUUUUUUUUUUUUUAUUUGAAUUGUUAGCUAGUUGCUACCCGCGUUGCUAGGUUCGUUCCUGGGACAAGCUCUUGCUAGAAUGCCAUUAGUCUGCCUUUUUGAUGUAAUGUUAAGUUAUGUAAUUUUGUUGAAUGAACCCAAAUAUACUAUUCUGCAAGUGGAUUCGCUACACGUUGGAGUUUGAAACGUACAACACAGAGCGAGCACCCUACCCGAGAAAGAGCGAGCCAGUGAGCGAGCGAGCUUUUCAGAUUUGAAUUUCAAGUCAAUUAACCCGUCGGAAACUCAAUUCGAAAAUUCAAUCACUCCCUCAGCGUUCCCGUACCCACAACCGUACGCGGGGCGAAGGCGCUUGGUUUUUCAUCUUCCUAAUCUAUCUUCCACCAUCCGCCUUCGGAAGUGUUUGUGUGUGUGUUAGUGUAACCUGAAUCCGUCGUGGGCAACGUGUAGGAAAGCAGGGCGCAAGUCAUGCGAUAAGGAAAAACCAUCCCUCCGGUUACCGGUCCCGCGUGGAAAAUCUAAAACUCUAGCACAUGCCCCCUCGGUGAUUUGGUCUGCAUUUCCACACACUCACCGACGCUGUUGUGUUUCUAAGUGUGUGUCUGUGUGUGUCUUUAUAGCAAGACGAAGCAACAGAGCUCGGUGUUCUGAUAAGCUUCGUUUCGAAGCGAAGAAAUGCAGACACACGAUAGGGAUGAGCGGAAAGAUAAGGGAAGCCAUACCCUCUCUCGUUGAAUCCAACUAACACAAAGCGAGAGAGAGAGAGAGAGAGAGAGAGAGAGAGAGAGAGAGAGAGAGAGAGAGAGAGAGAGAGAGAAAGAGUGAGAGGACACGCUGCUGCUCGCCACAGAGAACCACAGAGAAAGUUUGUCCUUCGCGGUUAUCCUACACCCCCGCUUCCCCCGCCCCACGUCUGGUCUCUUGCGUACUCCGUACUCCGGCGCUACGUACGAGACCGCGAGCGUGCAGUUGCGCACUUGUGCUGCCGAGGCGCGCGCACGCGUUUGUGUUGGUGGCGCGUACGACACGCCGUUCGACGGCAUUUGUGGCUGAGUGUGUGUGUGUGUGUGUGUGUGCGAGUGCACUUGUACACGCUCUGGUGGGACGACGGUUUUUCCGAGCCGUGUCGGUCAGUCGACAUCCCUACCCGUAAACGAAUUGGGCUACACAUCGGGUGUGCCUCCGCGUGGACCCACGUUUUGAAAGCGGCACGGAUUGUCUCCGCGGUCCGCACGAGCCAUACAACAAAAAAAAAAAACCGCGCACCCCAAUAUUGCCCCUAAUUCUACCCCGCACAAACAGCAACACAAACGCACACGAAAGCGCAAAGAAGCGUGGUGGUGGGUGUCAUUAAGAUCGAAACGCGUCCUGCAUGUAAAAAUCUGGCAGCAGCAGACCAACGCACCAGCCAGUCCGUGUGCGGCGUGUGUAAGGCAAUUGCCAGCAAAACGGGAGCCGUUGUGAGCGUGCCGGAGGAGCAGCGCACUGUGUGUAGUGGCCGUACUUCGUCGUGCAGAAGCCGCCCCCAUUCAACCCACGCUGUGUAGAUGGUUGUUGGUGGCUCCCCAGCACCGGGAGCGCAACAUUCCCAGUGACAGUGGCAGGUUGCGAAGAGGCAAGGUCCGGCACCCGCAGAGGACGACCACGGCGACGACGGAGACGACGACGGCCACUAGACCGCCACGAGCCGACGGUGGCAGCGCGGGAGAAGCAAUGGUGCCGCCGCAGGCCAACGCCAAGUGGUCGUAAUAUUCCUGCCCACGCUGCUCCGCCCGCACCACCACCCACCAAUCAACUCUCCAUCCAGCACACCGCCACCUGUGUGUCCAGCACCGCUAUCAGCACCCUCUAUCAACCCGUACCGUCCCGUACUGCGCGAUGCCCGGCAUAGUAGUGUUUCAGCGACGAUGGUCCGUCGGUUCGGACGAUCUCGUAGUUCCCGGUCUGUUCCUGCUUGUCAUCCAUUUCAUAUGGCUCGUCGUGCUGAUGGUGAUGACGCUAACGUUUCACUUCGAUCGAGCGGAGUAUUGCAUACUACAGCUAUGGUACUUCCAGAUUGGGUACAUGAUACUGCUGGCAGUGUGCAUGUGCCUGGAGCUGUCCAUCUGCGUAGUGUCGAUGCGGGGCAGCAUCCUCGACACCGAACCGAGAGCAUCGAUGCAGUACCUGCUGUACGCCCGCGUCCUGCUGAUGCUGGUCGAUCUCGGGCUGCUGACCGCUGGCAUCAUCUGGCUGCGCGAUAACUACGCGACCUGCCCGGCCGAGGAACCGAAGGAGGUGGUGCUGGCCGCGAUCGCCUGCAAUCUGUUCGUGAUCCUGAGCAUGUUUACAACCGUCUGGUGCACCUUCGAUCCGGCCGGCCGGUCGUGGGUGAAGAUGAAGAAGUACCAGCGGUCGAUGCGCGAGUCCGAGUCGCGGUUCAACUACAAGCGGAGCGGCAGCCGGAGCCGCAACUGGCGCCAGCGCAAGGUGAUCCGGGCGUACCAGGACAGCUGGGACCAUCGGUGCCGGCUGCUGUUCUGCUGCAUGGGCAACAGUGACCGCAGCCGCAACUCGUUCACCGACAUUGCCCGCCUGUUGAGCGAUUUUUUUCGCGACCUCGACGUGGUACCCUCGGACGUGGUGGCCGGCCUGGUGCUGCUGCGCAAGUUUCAAAAGCUGGAGCGGGAAGUUAUCGUGCGACAGCAAAAGAACGGAACGCACAAAUUUCUAUCGGGAGUCCCCAUAACCGCUAGUACCCAGUUCCUGGCCCUCAACGACCCGGUAGAUUACGAUCAUUUCCAGGCGGUUAUUCGGUAUAUGUACUUUGCGCAAGGUGCGUACGGUUGGCCCAUGUAUCUGAUGAGCCACUCGAGCACCGGCGUAUGUCAAUUGGCGUCCGAGCUACGGUACUGCUUUUGCAGGCGAAUGCAGGUCGACGUGGUGGACGAUAACUGCUGCUUCUGCAACUACGCGGCGUUGAAAAAGAUGCUGGAGCUGGGUGAGGUUGAGGUGAUCUACGCUACAUAUCACGUCGAUAUCGCCGAGACGCCGUUCUUCGUUGCGAUCGAUUACAACUACAACAAGAUCGUCAUCAGCAUCCGCGGUACGCUCAGCAUGAAGGACGUGCUCACCGAUCUGAAUGCCGAGGGUGAGCCACUGCCGCUGAACCCGCCGCGGGAGGAUUGGCUCGGGCACAAGGGUAUGGUGCAGGCCGCGAUCUACAUCAAGCAGAAGCUGGAGGAGGAGAAUCUCAUCCAACGAGCUCUCAAACACAAUCCGGCCCGGGGAACGCAAGGUUUCGGCCUGAUAUUGGUGGGCCAUUCGCUCGGUGCCGGUACGGCGGCCAUACUGGCGAUACUGAUGAAGCAGGAGUACGAGGUAUUGCAUUGCUACAGCUACUCGCCGCCAGGGGGACUGUUAAGCAUGCCUGCGAUAGAGUACAGCAAGUCGUUCAUCACCUCCGUGGUGGUGGGCAAGGAUGUGGUACCGCGCAUCGGGCUCUACCAGAUGGAGGCGCUACGGGCGGACCUGAUCAAUGCGAUCCAGCGCAGCAUCGACCCGAAGUGGAAAACGAUUGCCUGCUCGGUGAUUUGCUGCUGCUGCGGACCGGAACCGACCUCCGUGAUGAUGAUGUCGACGAAGGACUCGAACGUGCAGCGCUACAAGCAGGACCGCAACAGUGCCCGCCAGAGCACGGUACACCCGAACGACAACUCGAUUGCACUCACGCUGCACCAUCCGCUUUAUCCGCCGGGUCGCAUCAUACAUAUCGUUCGACACCAUCCAGCCCAGGAAGAGCAAAUGUUGAAAAAGCGUGACCCGGUGUACCAAGCGAUUUGGGCCGACAAUAAGGAUUUCGACGAGGUGCUCAUCUCUCCGGUGAUGAUACAGGACCACAUGCCCGACACCGUACUGGCAGCACUUGAGAAGGUCGUCGCGUCGAUUGGACCGCAAAAACCGCACCGACAGUUCACUAGCCCACCGCCGGUCGUGCCGGACGUCGGGGGCGGCCCGCUAGCGUUCGGAGCACAGUCAACCGUAAGCCAAACACUUCCACCCACUCUCGCCUCACCUGUCGCACAACAUAAGAUCUGUCUGGAAACUUCUUUUACCAACAUGCAAUUGCUACAGCUACACCGGGGCGAGUCGCACCAGCACCAGCAGCAGUCGCAUCCGUUCGCCGACCAUUCGAAGGCGUCCUCGCUAGCGGGCAGCGUGGUGCUCGGGCAGCCGAGCGCCCAGUCCAGCCUGGUCGACGAUAGCGGCAUCCCGCAGAGCAUCUCCGGCCCGAGCGAGGUGACCACUGUGAUCCUAGCGGAAGUACAAAGCGCGGCUCCCCCGCUGGCAGCCGUAUCAUCACCACCACCACCACCGUCAGCACUACCCUGCUCCACCUUAGCCACCGCGCGCGUCCCGCCGACCGCCGGCAAAACGCUCAACUUUAUCGCUUCGGCAAACCCGACGCGUAACGAUAUGUACCUCAUGUUUCAGCCGGCCCAGGUGGCCGGUGGUCCGGUCCGGGGCGACAGCCUGUCCCUCGGCAUAACGCGCCGUAACUCGUACGAGGUGCAGAAGAUCGAUCUGAUCCACGAUGACUGGUUCGGGAUGGCGCCGCUCGCCAGCCCGGAAAGCCUGUCUGAGCUGUCCAGCAUCAGCUCACGGGCCAGCAUGUCCCUGCCGGACAAAUGCUUCGAGGGAGGGGCGGUUGGCAGCGGCAGUGGCAAGGAGGCGCGCCAGCAGCGGGGGCCCACUGACCCGCUCGCGGCGGAAUCGCAGCUCCACACGCCCAAGGUGCUGCGCCGCACGCCGAAGGUGACCGGCAAUCUGUCAACCUGCGCGGAGGACGCCCGCACCGUCUACCAGUACAAGCGGAUGGGCAAAAUCUUCGUCCUCAAUCAACCGUCGUCCGACUCGAGCACCACGCUGGACAGCUACGACAACGAGCAGGCGGUGGCGGCGGCGUCCGGCUCCACUUCGCUCGAGGAGAACGGGCUGCUGGCGACGAUCAGCGAGAAGGACAUUGCACCGCUCGUCGCUGCCAAUGGCAGCAGGGCGCCGGCCCCGGUGGACGAUCCCAAUGGUAACAGCACCGCCCGGUGCAUCUCCAGCUGCCCGGCCUGUCCCUGUCGGACUGCGGCGGGCGGCAAAUGCUGUCCCAAGUUUAAUCACCGCGAGUGUUACAACUACAAGUACACGUCGUUCAACGUCUUCAAGUUUAGCAAGGCGAGCAGCAGCAGCAGUAGCGGUACCGCCAUUCCGCCCCCACCUGCAGCAGGAAACGAGGACAAUAAUAAUGUUUACCAAUCACCGGCGCUGCAGUCCGGGCCGGCGAUGAAGGCUGGCCUGCUCGAGUCACACUUUCCAGUAUUCUACGGCAAGGGUGGUGGUGGUGUGGAUGAGAGUGCAGCGGUCGGCACGCCUUCCUCCUCCAUCUCGCCGCCCACUACCACUGCCCGAUCCGUCAAACCGCUGGUUCCGAUACGGCUCGGUGGUGUCGUGCACCACGACUCGGUGGUGGUGGUGGCGGCAGCGUCCGCUGCCAAUGCGCAGGAGCCACGAAACGAAACCUUCCCGCUGCUGGUCAACCUGGCUGAACAUUCGUCCCCGAACGGAGGGUUUGGGCGCAGGAAAAACACCGUACAUCCGACCGACCGGCAGCUGAUCGCGGUCGAUGGGUUUCAUCCGCCCGGCGCGGACAGUGCCGACGGGCCGGGUUUGUCCAUCGGCUCUCACCAUUCUCUUAGCAGCAGCGGCGGCAGCAGCAAGCAGCAGCACCACGCCCAGCAGGUGCACCAAAGCGAAAGUAACGUCUAAUUCCACCCCCUACCCACCCACCCCCUGUUGUUGAGCCCAAACCCAAAGUAGAACGAACGUGUCCGCGGGAUAAAAGUCUGCUUUACUUAUGCUGUUUUUUUUUUAAAUCUCCAAUCACACAACUAAAUCACUUUCCCAAACCGAAAUGGACUGUGUUAGUGUCUUGCGGUCUUCAUAACAAAAACUUUUUGUUCAUUCAGGGGCAUAAGAGGAUCUUGUGGUCAUGCCGGGUUUUGCUAAGGCUUCAAACAGAUGACAUUAUUACCAGCAGACACCAAACGCUGGUAGAAAUAAAUAGAGCUUUGAGAACCAUAGCUCUUGAAGUUGAA